CCAGCCACCAGCCGCUAUAAACCCAAGAUGAUGACAGCAAAAUCAUUCAGUUGUUAUUUUACUUUGGAUCGGAUCGAUCCUGUACAGAGACUGUACUCCAUAUAUCGAUUUUCAUUGUAAUAAAGCUAAGACGUAAACUUCGUGUACCGUUGUUAAUAGAUGAUUAAUUAAUUUAUCUUUUCCAAAAAAAGAAUUUUAAGUGUUUACCCAAUUGACAAAAUGUAGAAUCAUUUGAGAAUCCACAUAUUUUCCAGAAUUACGAACGUAACAAAACAUUGCUCCUUUCAGACUAGAAAUCCAAGGAUAUUAAAGUUUAUUUUGCAAGACGUUACCAUAACUUCUGUACGAAUGAUGGGAUUCGAAAAAAAAGCUGUUAUUCACUGCAUUCAAAAAUGUGUAUUUUUUACAUUAAUAUGUUUGGUUGUGCAAACUGAGGGGGUGCAAAACAAUGGUCAACGAUCUAUGUAUUUUCUGUGUCCUCCCAAAUUUAUUCAAUUAGGCAAUGAAUGUUAUUUCAUAUCUCAAGACCGUGUAAAUUGGUUGGAUGCUCAUUUUGAAUGCAAGGAAAGAAACAGUCGUUUGGCUGAACCGAUCGGAAAGCAGGAUCGUUUUCUUCGAAAAUAUUUGACCAACUUAAGUGGUUCACAAGAUAUGUGGAUCGGUGCCAGAUAUAACUGGGAACGUAAUAAGUGGCAAUGGGGGUAUAAUGGUGAGGAUGUCAAAUAUCAAGCAUUCAGUCAAAUGUCAGCUGGGAACACAGCAAGGUUUGCUCACUUAAAAAUUACUAUUCCAUUACAGACCCAUUACAUGUUUAUUAAUACCCAUUUUUUCUAUUCUUUUUUUGUAAUUAACCCUAGGAACACAGACUUGAUAUUCCAUUGCGCUGUUUUAAAAUCAAAGUUGAAAUACAGGUGGUCGGCAUCAUCAUGUGAACAACCACUUCAAUACGUAUGUCAACACAAAUUAAAAAUGGUAAAUGAGAAAAAACGCCAAGACAUAUAUGACAAAUGGAACGCAACUUAUCCGAACGAAAAAGCAAAUGAAGCUAUACAUAUGGUGUCCAGAAAUGAUUUAAUAAUAUUAAAAGAAAGAAGAUCUGGUCUGACUUAUCGUGCACACAAUAGAGAUAAUCAUCUCAAGAAUGCUGUAUACCAAAAAUCUAUGAGAAAUAAUCGUCGUGGACUUGAUAAACAAUUUGAUUUUCAUCGUUAUCGAACACAAGGUAAACAGCAAAACCGCAACAAUCGACAAUGGCGUCAAAAACACAAAUGGAACACACAGUUGCCAUCAAAUAAGAUGAAUUAUGCAACUCAAAUGACUACAAUAUCUGUAGCUGUAGCAAUGGAGAAUUCAACAACAAAUGCUAUGCAAACAAUUACAAAAAAAAUGACAGCAAGACCCGUUGUCAUAUCAGAAUUUCAGACAAAUGAUUUCAAUCACUAUGGUGACCAAAAUGUAGAAAAUGGAAAACAUAUUAAAUAUCAGAAUAAUAUGAAUCAAUCAUUAUAUCAAACCGAUCAAAGGGUUCGAUCUGAAUUUGGAACAAAUCAUCUUGGAAAUCAAACCAACAACGUUGAAGUCUUUGUGGCCACAACUACUCUGAACCCACGAGAAAUAAAAAAGAGAAAGUUGAAAGAUCUUCGAAAUCAUCUUAGUAAGUUAACUCAACAACAGCAAAAUGAGUUCUUUAAACGGCGAGCAGAACGAAAUAGAAAACGUGGUAUCACUUUCGUUUAGACGAAUAAUUUUAGAAAAUCAUAAUAUAUGUUUUCAUAAAAGCAUUUUGGCUUUAUUUUUAAAUUAAUAUUAUUGUUUGAUGCCACAUUUCGAAAUAAAUAUUUUUGAUUGAAUUUAAAUUGUAAAUAAUAAAUAUUAUAAAAAGUAAA